CGUGCGUUUAUUAAAGGUAAGUUACAACAUCCUUUCCAUGAUAAAUGCUAACUAACUUUUUGUUUUAUUGCAGGAGUAGCUUAUUUCAAUGCCAAGCAUGGUUGUUUAAAAUGUACAUGCCAUGGAGAAUUUAGUGAGCUAUCGAAAACAAUGGUGUUUAAUGAUUUACAUGCACCAAAAAGAAUUGAUAGGCUGUUUCGCAGAAGGAAGUACGGAAAACAUCAUAAAUAUGAUUCGCCUCUAUUACGCAUAAAGAAUUUAAACAUCAUAGACGCUAUAAUAAUAGCAGAUACUCUACAUCUCAUUGAAUUCGGCGUUUUGCGGAAACUUUUAAAUGGUUGGAAAGAUCAAACCCUAGGACUAAAAACAAAUUGGUCAAAUGUAGGUCAUAUAAUAUCAGACAUGCUUAGGAAAAUGAAACUUCCUUCAGAAAUUCGAAGGAAAAUGAGAGGUAUAGAUUGUCUUGGACAUUGGAAAGCCUCAGAAUUUUACACGUUCCUUCGGUACACAAGCAUUCCAAUAUUGAGGAAAUUUCUUCCAGCUCAUGCUUUCAAACACUUCUUGUUAUUGUUUUCCGCAAUUACCAUAUUGAGCAGCAAAUAUCACUAUUCGAAAUGGAAAUCAGCUAAAACAAUGCUAGAAACGUUUGUUUUAGAUUUUCAAACAAUUUAUGGAAAACAAUUUGUAACGAGCAAUAUACAUAAUUUAAUUCAUGUUUAUGACGAUGUACAUAAUUUUGGCCCUUUAAACACUAUAUCGACCUAUCCUUUCGAAAAUUCACUCCAACUUUUAAAGAAAAUGCUUAGAGGCCGUAGUAACGAUUUAGAACAAGUUAUCAAUCGAAUAUCAGAAUUGAUACAAUUUGAGUCAUUAGAUAAACACGAGAAAACGAAUUAUCCAAGGCUAGGAAAAAAGAAAAAUCAAACUAUGUUGCAUUUGAGAAAAGACUUCGUCCUAUGCAAGGAAUUCAAAGACCAGUGGUUUGUAAGUAAGGACCAUAGUGUUUAUAAAUUUUUGGGCGCCAUUGAACAGAAUUCCGAAAUAACCGUUUUUGCACAAAACAUGGCUGUUGUAGAAGAAGCGUUUGAUUCUCCAUGCUCCUCCUUAGAUUUACUCAUAUAUGAAGGGAGCAUAAAAGAUUUAGCAAUAGGAACAGUUACGCUUAAAGCAAGUGAUGUUAUGUGCAAAUUAGUAGCAGCAGGAACAGAUAACCCAAACACUUUUAUCUUCAGCCCACUUCUCCAUACUCUUAUCGGAUAAUAGAUCCUAUGUUGAAUUAAGUUAAACUCACUACUUGUUUAAUAAGAUGUCGC